GAAAGGGCCACUGGCUGACCAUCCGCUCUGGAGACCGUGUGGUAGGCUAGCCCUCCAACCUGGGCAUUCUCUCUCCUCGCCAAACCUUUGUUGUUAAUCUUGAGGGAUUUGGGGUGAAAGAAGACAAGGGUCGGACAUACCCUUCAUGACAGGCGGACAGUUUUGGCAGCUUUUUUGUCCAGCUGAAAGUGAUAUUUUUGUAAGGAGAGGGCAUGUGAGGAAAGAGAUUUUCCCAGAAUACAGCUGAGCAGGCUUAAGCCCCAGGGACAACCUAGAUACGGACAAGGGGAAAGCCAACCACUAUCAGAAGUGGUUGAAGCCACCCCUCCUGACGUACCAUGGGAGACAAGUCUGGGAGCAAAGUAGCUGCUGCAAAGAACCAGAUCCAUCUCCGGGUAGUGAAGGGGCUGGAGGAUGUGGAUGUGCGUGAGAGGGAGGGCUGCACGUUCGAGGUGACCCUCAACCUGUCCUACAUAGCGGGCACGUGGACCAAGGACGGGGUCAGGCUACAAGCCAAGCCCACCUGUCGCAUCGCUGCCCAUAAGAAUAAACACACUCUCACCUUCACCCGGGUCACCGUAGGAGACACUGGCCUAUUCUCCUUCCAGACUGAUGGGACCCAAAACUGGAUCCAAACCUCAGGCCAACUCACUGUCAUAGCCAGAGACAUACAGAUUGUGAAGGAGUUGGAAGACGAGGAAGUGACUGAGAGGCAGAGUGUGACCUUCCUGUGCGAAGUCAACUGUGAGGACGUGGACGGGCGUUGGUACAGCGACAACACCAGGAUCAAACACGGAGACAACGUCAAGAUCAGGCACGAGGGUAAAACUCACACCAUGUGCUUCAAGUCUGUAAGGCCAGCAAACGCUGGGGAGAUCAAAUUCACUGCAGACAGGGUCUCCUGCUAUGCAACUCUCACGGUAAAAGAGCUGCCUGUGCAGAUAGUGAAGCCUCUGAGAGUGAAGAUUGCUAUGUACAAACACAAAGGACUGCUGGAGUGCCAGGUGUCCAGGGCCAACGCCCUGGUCAGGUGGUUCAAGAACAGGAGUGAGAUCCAACCCAGCAAGAAGCACCAGAUUGUUAGCGACGAUGUCUACAGGCAGCUGCACAUUGAUGACGUGGCCUCGUCAGACGAGGACACCUACACCUGUGAUGCUGGCGAUGACAAGACCUCCUGCCAACUACUAGUGGAGGAGCAGGCGAUCAGCAUAGUGCAGGGGCUAAGGUCUGUGGAGGUGACCGAGCCCAGGGAGGCCCUGUUCCAGGUGGAGACCAGCCUGAGGGCAGGGAGGCCCCCAAAGUGGACCCUGGACGGAGAGGUCCUGAUGGACGGGCCUGAACUGAGCAUAGACCGGCAGGGCACACUGCACACCCUCUGCUUCAUCAGCACGGACAGCUCUAUGACCGGCCCUGUGCAGUUCAACGCCGGGAAGAGCCGCUCCACCGCACAGCUCACCGUGAAGGAACGCCCUCUGAAAGUGGUCCAGCCCAUGCCAGACGUGGAGGCUAAAGAGAACAGCUCGGUCACACUGAGGUGUCAGUUUGCCCCCUCCCCCAGGGUGGUGCGCUGGUACAGGGGCCGCACUGCCCUGCAGACAUCCAGCAAGUACAGCAUGAGGACGGAGAAGAACCAGGCAGAGCUGACCAUCCAGGGCCUCAAGGAGACCGACACUGGCCAGUACAGCUGCAUGGCUGGAGGGUCAAAGAGCACAGCCAAGGUCGAUGUGCAAAGGCUGAAGAUCGUAAGGCACCUGGAGCACGUGAAGGUGGAAGAGGAUAGCAACGCCACAUUCACAUGUGAACUCAACUACGUGGUAGCCAAUGUGCAGUGGCUUCUGAACGACAACCACCUCAACGCCAACACUGUUACCAGGAUUCAGAACAUGGGCACCAUUCACAGCCUCACCAUCAAAAAUCUCCGCCCACAGGAGAGCAGGGUGACCUUCAAGGCUGGCCUUCUCACAGAGUCCACCUCCCUCAAGGUCAAAGAAAAACCAGCAGUGUUCCUCAGGUCUCUAGAAGACAUGUCAGGGGAGGAGGAGGGGAAGGUGUGUCUGCAGUGUGAGACCUCUAAGGAAAUGGCCACCCCCGUCUGGAGGAAGGAUGGUACGGUCCUGGACAGCAGUGACAAAUAUGAGCUGCUCAUGUUUGGGAAGUCCUUAACGCUCAUCAUCCAUAGUCUGAGUAAGGAUGAUGCAGGCCACUACAGCUGUGACUUGGGCACCAGCCAGACCAAGGCCAAGGUCACUGUACAUGACAUUCACAUCACCAUCGCCCAGCGUAUGAAGACUGUCUCUGUUCUGGAGGGCGAGAGCUGCAGUUUCGAGUGCAUCCUCUCUCACGAUGUCAUCGACGAGCCCUCCUGGACCCUGAACGGUCGACUUGUGAUCAGCAACAGCCGCAUCCAGAUCGUAAACAAGGGUCGCAAAUACAAGAUGACCAUCAGAGACGCAACUGUGACUGAAGCCGGGGACGUAAUCUUCUUCAUCAAAGACCUCAGCUGCAGGACCAUGCUGUUUGUCAAAGAGAAGCCAGUGCAUGUGUUCAGGGACAUGAUGAGCAUUAAAGCCACCCCAGGGGAGAACGCUGAGCUGAGCUGUGAGAUCACCAAGCCUGAGGCCUUCAUCCGCUGGCUGAAGAAUGGCCAUCAGAUCAGGCACAGCCCCCCCAAGUACGAGAUCAGUGUGGAGGACCACCUGGUACGGCUGGUUAUCACGAACACCUGCAUCAGAGACUCUGGGGAGUACUGCUGUGAGGCUGACGGCAUUGCCACCCGGGCCAAGCUGGAGGUCAGAGAGCUGCAGCACACAUUUGCUCGGGAGCUGCGGGACACACGGGCCGAGGAGAAGAGCAAGGUGAUGCUGGAGUGCGAGACGAGACUGCCGGCCAAGCGGGUGACCUGGCUGAAGGGCAUGGCAGAGCUCCGGGCGGGUAGGAAGUAUGUGAUGAAGCAGAAGGGAGUGGUCCUCUAUCUCACCAUCAGCUGCCUGGAGAAGGUUGACACCGACGUGUACACCUGCGAUGUUGGCACCAUGCAGAGCCGGGCGCUACUGACCGUGCAUGGUCAGAAGGUGUUGAUUUUGGACGAGCUGGAGGAUGUUGAGUGUCUGGAGAAUGACACAGUGAUGUUCAGGUGUCGUAUCUGUCCCAGCGAUUAUGUUGGGGUCAAGUGGUACCUGGAUGAGACCUUACUGUACACCAAUGAGCUGAAUGAGAUCCAAGUGAUCCCGGGGGGCUACCACAGCCUCACGUUCAAACAACUGGCUCGUAAAGACUCGGGCACCAUCUCCUUUGAGGCAGGCGACAAGAGGUCCUACGCCUCGCUGCUUGUUAGAGAGAGACGUCCCACCAUCACCAAAGCAUUGGAGGACUGUGAGGCCAUUGAGGGAGGCGGUUUGGUGCUGGUGUGUAUCACCUCUAAGCCAUGCCACAUCCUGUGGUACAAAGAUGGCUGCCUGAUGUGGAUUUCCUCGAGGUACCACGUCAGUCGCUCAGGUAACGAGGCCAGGCUGACCAUCAGGGAGGUCAGUAACAGCGAUGCUGGGGUGUACGAGUGCAGCGCUGGGUCGGUCAGCACCAAGGCUGUCGUCACUGUAAAAGCCAUUCCAGCUGAGUUCACCCAGCCGCUGCAGAGCAUGGAGGUAAAGGAGGGGGAGGAUGUGACCCUUUCCUGUGAGUUCUCCCUGCCGGGGGUUGCGUUCCACUGGAAGAGGGGCUUGGAGACCCUCAGAGCUGGAGAGAGGUACCUGAUGAAGCAGAAGAGGUCCUUCAUCUCUUUGACCAUCACUGGCCCGAAGCCUCAGGACUCAGGAGAUUACACCUGUCAGUGCCGAGACCACAGAACCACAGCCAGCCUCACAGUCCACGCCAUCCCCAUCUCCUUCACACAACAGUUGAAAAAUGUUCAGGCCGAGGAGGGCAACAGUUUAACGUUGCGCUGUGAGCUUUCUAAACCAGGAGUCCCUGUGGAGUGGAGGAAAGGGGAGGAGCUGUUAAAGAAUGGAGUGAAGUUUCAGAUAAGGAAGAGAGAGACCAUAUUGGAGGUUCAGAUAUGGAAAACUGUGCCUGAAGACAGUGGAGUCUACAGCUGUGAGUGUGCGGACCAAAAGACCACAGCCACCGUCAAAAUCAGCGCCCUGCCUGUUACCUUCAAACAAAAGCUGAGGAACGUGCAUGUUGAAGAGGGGAACAAUUUGGUGUUACACUGUGAGCUCUCUAAACCAGGAGUCCCUGUAGAAUGGAUGAGGGGAGGAGAGGAGCUGCUGAACAAUGGAGAGAGGUUUCAGAUAAGACAGAGAGAGUUGGUGAAUGAACUGAAGAUAAUAGAUGCCAAACCUGAAGACAGCAAUAUCUACACCUGUGUUUGUGGCAAUGUGGAAACCACGGCCGGUGUUACAGUCACAGCAAUUCCCAUCACUUUCAAGCAAAAGCUGAGGAACCUGCAGACUGAGGAAGGGAACACCAUCUCGCUGCACUGUGAGCUGUCUAAAGCAGGGGUGCCAGUGGAGUGGAGAUUGGGAGGAGAGAGGAUACUGCAGAAUGGAGACAAAUACCAGAUCAAGCAGACAGACUCAGCACUGGAACUCCUCAUCAGGGAGGCUCUGCCAGAGGACAGUGGAGUCUACAGCUGUGUGUGUCGAGACAAGAAGACCAAGGCCACUGUCAAAGUCAUUGCUGUACCUGCCACCUUCAAAGUGGGUCUGAAGAACCAGGAGGCCCCAGAGGAGGGCAGCAUAACCCUGCACUGUGAGCUGUCUAAGGCUGGGGUCUCAGUGGAGUGGAGAAGGGGGGAGACAGAACUGUCCCAAGACCUGUCUGGAGGAAAGUACCAGAUGAAACUGGAGGGGAAAAUAGCCGAGAUGACCAUUACCAAUGUCAAACCGGAGGACAUAGGGAAGUACAGCUGUGUCACUGGAGACCAGAAGACCACCGCUGAAGUUAAAGUGCAGGCUCUCCCUGUAAUGUUCACACAAGAGGUCCAGAACGUGGUGAUCAAAGAGGGGGACAGUGGGGAGUUCUGGUGUGAGCUCUCCAAGCCUGGUGACCCAGUGGACUGGAGGAGGGGCAGAGUCCUCCUGAAGUCUGGAGACAAAUAUGAGAUGAGGCAGGAGGGACGCAUCACUAAACUGCUCAUCCAUAACGUGGAGGAGAGGGAUGCUGGGAAAUACACCUGUAAGAGUCGAGAUGCCAAGUCAACUGCUGAACUGACCGUGACGGGCCCACCCCCCACUUUCAAAGAACAGCUGAGGAACGUGGAAGUUGAGGAGGGUAAGACUGUGACGCUACACUGUGAACUGUCUAAAGCAGCAGCCUCAGUUGAGUGGAAGAGGGGAGCAAAGCUGUUGACGAAUGUAGCCAAGUACCAGAUGAGGAAGAAAGAUUUACUGGUGGAAUUGAAGAUUAUCGACGCGAAUCUGGAGGACAGUGGGGUCUACGCCUGUGUUUGUGGUGAACAAAAGACCACAGCCACUGUUACAAUAAAGGCUCGCCCGGUCACAUUUAUAGAAGAGUUGAGGAACGUUCAGGUUGAGGAGGGCAACACUGUGACGUUGCGCUGCGAGCUCUCCAAACCAGGGAUGUCGGUUGAAUGGAGGAGAGGAACAGCUCUUCUGCAGAACGGAGAGAAGUACCAGAUGAAGCAGAAAGAUGCAACGUUGGAGCUGGUCAUCAGGAAAACCUUGGCCGAGGACAGUGGUGUCUACAGCUGCGUGUUGGAAGACCAGCAAACCUUCGCCACCAUCAUUAUCACUGCCAUCCCAGCCACUUUCAAACAGACGUUGAAAAACCAAGAGGCUCUAGAAGAGGGAAGCGUGACGUUGCGCUGUGAGCUGUCUAAAUCGGGGGUCUCUGUGGUGUGGCUGAAGGGAGAGGAGCUGCUGAGGGAAGGUGAGCGGCACCAGAUGAAGCAGGAGGGCAGGACCGUGGAGAUGGUCAUCAGGAAUGCAGUCCUUCAGGAUGCUGGGGAGUACAGCUGUGUCACAGCCUGCAACGUCAAGACGACAGCUGAUAUCAAAGUUAGGGCUCUCCCUGUAAUGUUCACACAAGAGGUCCAGGACAUGGUGAUCAAAGAGGGGGACAGUGGGGAGUUCUGGUGUGAGCUCUCCAAGCCUGGUGACCCAGUGGACUGGAGGAGGGGCAGAGUCAUCCUGAAGUCUGGAGACAAAUAUGAGAUGAGGCAGGAGGGACGCAUCACUAAACUGCUCAUCCAUAACGUGGAGGAGAGGGAUGCUGGGAAAUACACCUGUAAGAGUCGAGAUGCCCAGUCAACUGCUGAACUGACCGUGACGGCUCCUCCCGUCACGUUCAAGGUGAAGUUGAAGAACCAGGAAGUCGAGGAGGAGAACAGCGUGACGUUAUUCUGCGAGCUCUCUAAACCAGGACUGACGGCAGAGUGGAGAAAAGGAGAGGAGCUGCUGAAGAACGGAGUAAAGUACCAGAUAAAGAAGAGAGAGGCAACGAUGGAACUGACAAUAAGGAAUGCAGUGCUCGAGGACACCGGAUUCUACAGCUGUGUUUACGCAGAAGCCAAAACCACCGCCACUGUCAACAUCACCCCCAUUCCUGUCACCUUCAAGAUGGGUCUUAAAAACCAGGAGGCCUCAGAGGGGGGCAUCGUGACCUUGCGCUGUGAACUGUCUAAAGCUGGGGUACCGGUGGAGUGGUGGAAAGGGGAGGAGGAGGUGAGCCCUGGAGGAAGGUACCAGAUGAAGCUGGAGGGAAAGAUAGCAGAGUUGCACAUUAAAAACAUCCAGCCAGAGGACGUGGGGGAGUACAGCUGUAUAUUCGAAGAUCAGAAAACCACUGCUGAAGUCAACGUGAGAGGUACAGUAUGUUACUGUUGUCUGGCUGUCAUUUUGUGUUUGUUGGACAUGAAAUGCUCAUUUACCAAGAAACAAAGAGUUGAUGUAUGGACCUCCCCAGCAACUGCACCAAAGUGUUAUAGAAUACGCAAUAAGCAAGAGGUCAAUGCAAUUGCUCUCUCUAGGAAUAAAACAAUACCUGCUGCCUCAGUGUUCUUUGAGAAGGAGCUGGAGAGCAAUGUGGUGAUGGAGGGGAAGUCCAUGGUCCUCUCCUGUGAGGUCUCCAGUGCCACUGUCCCCGUCACCUGGAAGAAGGAUGCCUGCCUGGUCACAGAUGGGGAGAGGUUCAUUGUAAAAAAGAAAGGUCCCGUUCACACCCUGGAGAUCGAGAAGCUGAGUCUGGAGGAUGCCGGGGAGUACAGCUGCAUCACUAGGGGAAAGAAGACCACAGCCAUGCUGGUUGUGAAAGAGCGUGUGAAAAUAUUGUCCGGACUGAAGGACAUGAAAGUCACAGCCGGGCAGGACGCAGUGUUUGUGUGUGAGCUGUCCCACGCUGAGGUGAGUGAAGGCGAGUGGUGGCUGGGCUCCAGCCCACUGCAGAAGAACGAAAUGAACCAGAUGAGCUUUGAGGGCCACCAGCACUGCCUGGUCUUGACCAUGACCACCCCGGAGGAGACCGGGACCGUGGCCUUCGUGGUUGGGGAGGAGAGAACCUCUGCCCAACUGCUAGUUGUCCCCAAACCCAAAGUACACAUUGAGAAGAAGCCCCAGGACAUUGACAUCAUGGAAGGGGAGACAGCCACCUUAUCCUGUACGACCUCUGACCUCAUUACCCCUGUCACAUGGAGAAGGAACAGCAUGCCCCUCCUGAACGGAGACAAGUAUGAGACGCGUAAGAAGGGCAAGCUCAACCUCCUGCUCAUCCAUGAGACGGAACCAGAGGACUCUGGGAUAUACUCCUGUGACACUGGAGACAUGCAGAGCGGUGCCAAUCUGACGGUCAAUGAGCUACCACCGUACUUCGAGGAGGAGCUGCAGUGUGUGGAGGCUGAGGAAGGGGGCACAGCCUUUCUGUUUUGUGAGCUGUCUAAGCCCGGAGUCCCAAUCCAGUGGAGGAAAGGCCGGCUGCCUCUCCGGCCCAACAGGAAGUACCAGAUGAAGCAGGACGGCUGCGUGUUUCAGCUACACAUCCUGGAGCUGAAGUCCGAGGACAGUGGCAGCUACUCGUGCCAGGCAGGCUGUGUGGAGACCACCGCCUCUGUGUCUGUGAAAGUUAAAGUACUCAUUGAGAAGAAGCCCCAGGACACCGUCAUCAUGGAAGGAGAGACUGCCACCUUAUCCUGUACGACCUCUGACCUCACUACCCCUGUCACAUGGAGACGCAACAACAUCACCAUACUGAACGGAGACAAGUAUGAGAACCGUAAGGAGGGCAAGCUCAACCUGCUUCUCAUCCACAAUGUGGACCCAGAUGACUCUGGGCUAUACUCCUGUGAUACUGGAGACAUGCAGAGCAGCGCCAAACUGACUGUCACAGAGCUGGCACCAUGCUUUGAAGAAGAGCUGCAGGCUGUGGAGGCUGAGGAAGGAGGCACGGCCUUCCUUUCCUGUGAGCUGUCUAAGCCCGGAGUCCCAGUCCAGUGGAGUAAGGGCCGGCUGCCUCUCAGGCCCAACAGGAAGUACCAGAUGAAACAGGACGGCUGCGUGUUUCAGCUACACAUCCUGGAGCUGAAGUCCGAGGACAGUGGCAGCUACUCGUGCCAGGCAGGCUGUGUGGAGACCACCGCCUCUGUGUCUGUGAAAGUUAAAGUACUCAUUGAGAAGAAGCCCCAGGACACCGUCAUCAUGGAAGGAGAGACUGCCACCUUAUCCUGUACGACCUCUGACCUCACUACCCCUGUCACAUGGAGACGCAACAACAUCACCAUACUGAACGGAGACAAGUAUGAGAACCGUAAGGAGGGCAAGCUCAACCUGCUUCUCAUCCACAAUGUGGACCCAGAUGACUCUGGGCUAUACUCCUGUGAUACUGGAGACAUGCAGAGCAGCGCCAAACUGACUGUCACAGAGCUGGCACCAUGCUUUGAAGAAGAGCUGCAGGCUGUGGAGGCUGAGGAAGGAGGCACGGCCUUCCUUUCCUGUGAGCUGUCUAAGCCCGGAGUCCCAGUCCAGUGGAGUAAGGGCCGGCUGCCUCUCAGGCCCAACAGGAAGUACCAGAUGAAACAGGACGGCUGCGUGUUUCAGCUACACAUCCUGGAGCUGAAGUCCGAGGACAGUGGCAGCUACUCGUGCCAGGCAGGCUGUGUGGAGACCACCGCCUCUGUGUCUGUGAAAGUUAAAGUACUCAUUGAGAAGAAGCCCCAGGACACCGUCAUCAUGGAAGGAGAGACUGCCACCUUAUCCUGUACGACCUCUGACCUCACUACCCCUGUCACAUGGAGACGCAACAACAUCACCAUACUGAACGGAGACAAGUAUGAGAACCGUAAGGAGGGCAAGCUCAACCUGCUUCUCAUCCACAAUGUGGACCCAGAUGACUCUGGGCUAUACUCCUGUGAUACUGGAGACAUGCAGAGCAGCGCCAAACUGACUGUCACAGAGCUGGCACCAUGCUUUGAAGAAGAGCUGCAGGCUGUGGAGGCUGAGGAAGGAGGCACGGCCUUCCUUUCCUGUGAGCUGUCUAAGCCCGGAGUCCCAGUCCAGUGGAGUAAGGGCCGGCUGCCUCUCAGGCCCAACAGGAAGUACCAGAUGAAACAGGACGGCUGCGUGUUUCAGCUACACAUCCUGGAGCUGAAGUCCGAGGACAGUGGCAGCUACUCGUGCCAGGCAGGCUGUGUGGAGACCACCGCCUCUGUGUCUGUGAAAGUUAAAGUACUCAUUGAGAAGAAGCCCCAGGACACCGUCAUCAUGGAAGGAGAGACGGCCACCUUAUCCUGUACGACCUCUGACCUCACUACCCCUGUCACAUGGAGACGCAACAACAUCACCAUACUGAACGGAGACAAGUAUGAGAACCGUAAGGAGGGCAAGCUCAACCUGCUUCUCAUCCACAAUGUGGACCCAGAUGACUCUGGGCUAUACUCCUGUGAUACUGGAGACAUGCAGAGCAGCGCCAAUCUGACUGUCACAGAGCUGCCUCCAUACUUUGAGGAGGAGCUCCAGGCUGUGGAGGCUGAGGAAGGGGAAACGGCCUUCCUGUCCUGUGAGCUGUCUAAGCCUGGAGUCCCAGUCCAGUGGAGGAAGGGCCGGCUGCCUCUCAGGCCCAACAGGAAGUACCAGAUGAAGCAGGACGGCUGUGUGUUUCAGCUACACAUCCUGGAGCUGAAGUCCGAGGACAGUGGCAGCUACUCCUGCCAGGCAGAUGGCGUGGAGACCACCACCUCUGUGUCUGUGAAAGUUAAAGUACUCAUUGAGAAGAAGCCUCGGGACACCGUCAUCAUGGAAGGCGAGACGGCCACCUUAUCCUGUACGACCUCUGACCUCACUACCCCUGUCACAUGGAGACGCAACAACAUGCCCCUACUGAACGGAGACAAGUAUGAGAACCGUAAGGAGGGCAAGCUCAACCUGCUUCUCAUCCACAAUGUGGACCCAGAUGACUCUGGGAUAUACUCCUGUGACACUGGAGACAUGCAGAGCAGCGUCAAUCUGACUGUCACAGAGCUGCCUCCAUACUUUGAAGAAGAGCUGCAGGCUGUGGAGGUAGAGGAAGGAGGCACAGCCUGCCUGUCCUGUGAACUGUCUAAGCCUGGAGUCCCAGUCCAGUGGAAGAAGGGCCGGCUGCCUCUCAGGCCCAACAGGAAGUACCAGCUGAAGCAGGACGACUGUGUUUUUCAGCUACACAUCCUGGAGCUGAAGCCAGAGGACAGUGGCAGCUACACGUGCCAGGCAGGUGGUGUGAAGACCACAGCCUCUGUGGCAGUAAAGCCUCUCCCAGCCAAGACUGAACCUCCCAAGACAAUGCCUCCCACAAAGGCUCCCACGAAGGCUGCCUCUCCCACACCUCCACCAGGGCCAAAGAAACAGGGCAUGAUCUGGGCAUCCAUUGUGGGGUCAGAGAAAGACCUGGAGCCUGAGGCAGGGACAGUGGUAGACCUACAUGAGAAACAGUCAGUAAGGUCUAUAGGUAAGGAGACUAAAGUAGACCAGCAGGAGAAACAGCAAGUCAAACAGACAGUAAGAGCUAUGGUGAGGGACACAGAGGAAAAAAAGCCAUUGAAGUCUAUGGUUAAAGAGAUUGAAGUAGACCACAUGGUGAAACAGCCAGUGCCCCCAGCGAGACGAGCAUCUAUAAUGUCAGAUACUGGAAUAGACCAAGUGGUGAAACAACCAGUUCCACUAGUGAGACAAGAAUCUAUAAUGUCAGAUACUGGAAUAGACCAAGUGGUGAAACAACCAGUUCCACUAGUGAGACAAGCAUCUAUAAUGUCAGAUACUGGAAUAGACCAAGUGGUGAAACAGCCAGUUCCACCAGUGAGACGACCAUCUAUAAUGUCAUAUACUGGGGUAGACGAGGUGAGGAAACAGCCAGUUCCACCAGUGAGACAAGCAUCUGUAGUGUCAGAUGCUGGGAUAGACCAAGUGGUGAAACAACCAGUUCCACCAGUGAGACGAGCAUCUAUAGUGUCGGAUGUUGGGGUAGAUGAGGUGAGGAAACAGCCAGUUCCACCAGUGAGACAAGCAUCUGUAGUGUCAGAUGCUGGGAUAGAGCAAGUGGUGAAACAACCAGUACCACCAGCGAGACGAGCGUCUGUAGUUUCAGUUUCGGAUACUGGGGUAGAUGAGGUAAGAAAACAGCCAGUUCCACCAGUGAGACGAGCAUCUGUAGUGUCAGAUGCUGGGAUAGAGCAAGUGGUGAGGAAACAACCAGUUCCACCAGCGAGACGAGCAUCUGUAGUUUCAGUUUCAGAUACUGGGGUAGAUGAGGUAAGAAAACAGCCAGUUCCACCAGUGAGACGAGCAUCUGUAGUGUCAGAUGCUGGGUUAGACGAGGUGAGGAAACAGCCAGUUCCACCAGUGAGACGAGCAUCUGUAGUGUCAGAUGCUGGGAUAGAACAAGUGGUGAGGAAACAGCCAGUUCCACCAGUGAGACGAGCAUCUAUAGUGUCAGAUGCUGGGUUAGACGAGGUGAGGAAACAGCCAGUUCCACCAGUGAGACGAGCAUCUGUAGUGUCGGAUGCUGGGAUAGAGCAAGUGGUGAGGAAACAACCAGUUCCACCAGUGAGACGAGCAUCUAUAGUGUCAGAUGUUGGGGUAGAAGAGGUGAUGAAACAGCCAGUUCCAGCAGCGAUACGAGCGUCUGUAGUUUCAGUUUCGGAUCCUGGGGUAGACGAGGUGAGGAAACAGCCAGUUCCACCAGUCAGACGAGCAUCUGUAGUUUCAGUUUCAGAUACUGGGGUAGACAAGGUGAAGAAACAGCCAGUUCCACCAGCGAGACGAGCGUCUGUAGUUUCAGUUUCCGAUACUGGGGUAGAUGAGGUGAGGAAACAGCCAGUUCCACCAGCGAGACGAGCGUCUGUAGUUUUAGUUUCGGAUACUGGGGUAGACGAGGUAAGAAAACAGCCAGUUCCACCAGUCAGACGAGCGUCUGUAGUUUCAGUUUCGGAUACUGGGGUAGAUGAGGUAAGAAAACAGCCAGUUCCAACAGUGAGACGAGCGUCUGUAGUUUCGGAUGCUGGCAUAGACCAAGUUGUGAAACAGCCAGUGCCACCAGCGAGACGAUCAUCUAUAGUGUCCGAUGCUGGGGUAGAUCAGAUAGUUAGAUCUAAAAAGAAGAUGGAUAUAGAAAUAGACCAUCAAGAGAAACAGCCAGUGAAGUCUAUGGUGAAGGAGACAGAGAUAGAACAGAGGAAUCAACAGCCAGUAAGGUCUACAGUGCAGGAGACUGAAAAACCUAAGAUGGUGGAGGAUGAUAACCAACUCCAUAUCUCAGAGGAUGAGUCCUUCACAGAGGCCCACACCCAGGUAACAGUCAACCAGAAGACCAGCAAGCCUGUAGUCGCUGUUGCUGGAGUUCCCAAGGGGCUACAGAUGACUCGGCAAGUUGACGAGAUUGCACUUGACAGUGUCGAGGAUGAACAUGAGAUGUUGGAAGCUGCCAUCAAGAUCCAGGCAGCUUUCAAGGGAUACAAGACCCGCAAAGACAUGCGGCCCAUCUUCAAGCAGGUGUUUAAGAACCAGAGUGCUGAGACCAAUGGUACCAUCCAGCUGGAGUGUAAGGUGGAAGGGAAGCUCAACGCAGUACGCUGGCUGAAGAACAGCCAGGAGGUCAUAGGAGACCAACGCCACCGCAUGAACACCUCAGAGGAUGGCGUCUGCACACUGGUGAUCAUCAACAUGUCUGCCAUAGACACUGGGGUCUAUACCUGUGAGGUGGUUAACACGUUUGGUGUGUCCUCAUACAAUGGUAACAUUACUGUGGGUGAACCUCAAAUGCCUCCAUCUUCUACCCAGAGGCCCGCAGCCCCAUCCCAGCCCUCCACCCCUUCUGUGCAUCCAGUCCUGGCCUCCAUUGGCCCUCUCCAGCCAGUCCAGACCUCCACCCCUGGGAAGGAGACUGUGGAUUCUGUGGAGUGCGAGGGGAUCUCCCUGUGGCAGACCUACAAUCUAACCAAGGAGGAUCCCCGCAUGACCUUGCAGGAGAGGAGGAGGGCCUCCCUUAUUGCCGCCAGCUCUAUGUCUAGUCCCUCUGACUACGAUACAGCUCCAGAUUUCAUAGAGCCUGCUGACAUAAUCCCCAAAGAUCACCCCAGGGAAAAGGAAGCCAUUAAGUCACAGGACCAGUUAUCCAAUAAGGAGGAUGAAGAACAGAAAGUGACGUCUCAACCACCCAGGCGUUUUAAGGCCAAAGUACCUGAUGCCAUGUUGAGGACUCCAUCCCCCAAACACUAUCAUGCCCACACACCUGCUGCUCUUACAGGCUCUGGCUCGGAGUCAGAUUGUGACGAGGAUAGAAUAGAGACAUUUGAUAUAUACGUGGCCAGAGCUAACUGCAGUCCUCAACAAGGUGGCAACAAGGAGAGCUUUGUGUUGAAGGAGGGUCAGUACGUGGAGGUCUUGGACUCUGUCCACCCGGAGAAGUGGCUGGUCCGCACCAAGCCCUCCAAGACCACCUCCUCACGCCAAGGAUGGGUCUCUCCUGCAUACCUGGAGAAAAAGAGAAAGGAGACAUUCCCACAAAUGAGAACACCACAACAGGAGCUUGAUGUACCAUGGUCUACAGGGGAGAACUACAGGAGAACCCUAAGCCAAUUAAUCCAGGGGCUGAUUGAUGGGGAGGAAGAGUUUGUGAAGGAGAUGAAGGAAUUCAUGUCCCACCACCUGCACCACUUAGACACCAGCACUCGUGUCCCUAUCAGCAUCAUCAACCAGAAAGAAACCAUCUUCCGCAAUAUAAAGGACAUCAUGGCUUUACACGAGAGAUCUAUUCUGCCCUGUCUGAGUGAGUGUUCUACUGACGAUGACGUGGCCAUGCGUCUGGUCAAACAUGCAGUGGACUUUGAGAAGUAUCUGCAGUACAUGGUGGGCCAAUCACAGGCAGAGGCCUGUGUCACUGACAAGACCAUCCAGCAGUACUUCAAGCAAAACACGGAAACACACCCUGAGCACCCGGAAACUGCAGUCCUGGAUGUCAUCACCUUCUUACAGAGACCAGUGGAGAGGAUUCAGACCUACCAGGCCUUGCUCAAGGAACUGAUCAAGAACAAGGCUAAGUGUGCGAAAAGCUGUCUUCUACUGGAAGAUGCCUUCUCCAUGGUGUCCUGUCUGCCCUGGCGCUCUGACAACCUACACCAGGUGUCUCUAAUUGAGAACUACCCUGCCCCACUCACUGCACUAGGAGAACCUGUUCGCCAGGGUCCUUUCACUGUGUGGGAGGAGUCUCCCGAGAUCAAGACGUCCUCCAGGGGCCACCAGAGGCAGGUGUUCCUCUUCAAGGACUGUGUCUUGCUGUGUAAGCUCAAGAGAGACCCUGGCAUGAACUCUGACACCUACGCCUUCAAGAACAAGAUGAAGCUGAAUGAUGUGGAGGUGAAGGAGACGGUGGGGGGAGAGGAGAAGUCCUGGGGGCUGUGGCACGAGCACCGGGGCUCAGUGAGGAGGUACACACUGCAGGGCCGCUCCGCCGUGCUCAAGCUGUCCUGGCUCAAAGACCUGAGAGAGCUGCAGCAACUCUCCAGCCUGACUGCCAGCAGUCCACCAGAGUUUGAAGUUCUCCUGGCUGACUGCACCACAAAGAUCGGGCAGACAAUCAAGCUGGCCUGCAAAGUCACAGGAACACCCAAACCAGUGGUCAGCUGGUUCCAAGAUGGCCUGGCCCUAGAGGAUGGCCCCCACCACAUCAUCACUGCAGACCGGGCAGGCACCUGCUGUCUCAUCAUGGAUGGGGUCACUCCUGAGGACUCUGGACAGUACUUGUGCUACGCUUCCAGCUCUGUGGGCCAUGCUAGCACACUGGCCAAGAUAGUGGUGGAUGCACCCCCCAGAUUCCUUACCAGGCUGCAGAGUGCAUGUCUGCUGGAGGGAGAGGACAUCAAGUUUAGCUGUUCCACACACAGUACUCCUUUACCCCGAGUCAGUUGGUUUAAGGAUGGCAGAGAGCUGACAGACCAGAGGAAGUACCACAUAGAGAGUGAUGCCCGCAGUGGGAUCCUCACGCUCACCAUCAUGAACCCUGGAGAGACAGACCUGGGACAGUAUAAGUGUGAGCUGUGGAACAAGUUGGGCAGUGCCAAGAGUAAAGCAGAGAUGUGCUCCGCCUUUGCACAAGUGAUGGACAGUGAGCCUGACCAACCACAGGCCAUCUUGAUCCAAGACUCCGACUCAGAGGGCUGGUCCACUGCCAUGGUGAAGCAAUGGCUGCAGACAGACUUCCACCCCACCUCUGUUGUCAAAAUGCUCUUCCAGCCUGGAUACCCUCAGCCAGCCGAGGGUAGCCAAGAGGAAAGGGACCCUUCCGCCAGAGGACACGUGGAGGCUCCACAGUUCCCCACUGAGCUUGAGGAGAGACCUGAGCUUGAGGAGGAACUUUAUGUUCCUGAGGCCAUAGAGGAAAUGCCAACAGCUCCUCCCUCCAUCCAGGUGCCGGUGGAGGACCUGUGUGUGGAGCCUGGUCAAUCAGCUACCUUCACCAUCAUCAUCACAGGAAGGCCCACCCCCGAGAUUCAGUGGUACAAGGAUGGAGAGGAGCUGUUGGCCACUGAGAAUGUGGAGGUGGUCCAGAAUGGUGCCCGCUGCUCUCUGACUGUGCUGUGCCCGGAGAGUGAGGAUGGUGGCAUCUACACCUGCUGGGCCUAUAACGACUUAGGACACACCUCCUGUCAGGCUCGGCUGACAGUGGAGGAGGGUCCACUGGAGUCGCAGGAGAGAGAGGUGGAGCUUGGGAAGAGGAGGAAGCUGCUGUCUGUGUAUGACGUCCAUGAGGAGAUUGGGAGAGGCACGUUUGGGGUGGUAAAGCGGGUUACCCACAGGAGGACGGGCGAGGGCUUUGCCGCCAAGUUCCUGCCCCUGAGGAGCAGUACGAGGACCAGGGCGUUCCAAGAGAGGGACCUGCUCUCCCGGCUGGCCCACCCCAGGGUGGCCUGUCUGCUGGACUUCUUCUCUACACGGAGGACCCUGGUCCUGGUCACCGAAGCCUGCUCUUCUCGUGGUCUCCUUGAUCAUUUGCUGUCGAAGGGAUCAGUCAGCGAGAGAGAGGUGCAGAUGUACAUUCAGCAAAUCCUGGAGGGAGUUGGUCACAUCCACAGCAUGAACAUCCUACAUCUGGACAUCAAUCCGGACAAUAUCCUGAUGGUGUUUCCACCCAGAGAGGAGAUCAAGAUCUGUGACUUUGGCUUCUGUCAGGAGAUGGACACUUCCAGACACCAGUACAGCCAGUUUGGCACUCCUGAGUUUGUGGCCCCUGAGAUCAUACAUCAAGACCCCGUCACUAUAGCAAGUGACAUCUGGUCCAUUGGUGUUGUGGCCUAUUUAUGUCUGAUGUGCCGCUGUCCGUUCAUGGGGGAGACGGACCGGGCCACUCUGAUGAGGGUGGGGGAGGGGACACUGAACUGGGACGCACCCGACCUCACCUAUAGGAGCACCGGUGCCCAGGGCUUCCUCCGCACGGUCCUGCAGCCAGACCCAGUAAAGCGGCCAACUGCAUUUGAGUGUCUGGGGCACAAAUGGUUCCAGGGUGAACAUGAGGAUGAGACUGAUGAUAUCAAUACAAGGGCUCUGAAAGUCUUCAUCUCAAGGAGAAAAUGGCAGCGUUCUCUGACCUGCCUGGGCUCGGUGCUAAUCCUGAAGCCCAUCCCAGAGCUGCUGGAUGCCCCUCUUCGGGAGACCUCCAUCACAGCCCCUCGGGACCCCCAUGAGCCCAGCAGCACCUCCAUGAGCAGCGGCUCCUCCUCUGAGUACGACGAGGCUGAUGCCUGGGACUUCUUCCACCAUUGCACCACAGCUGACGAGGAUGAAGACGAGGAGGAGGAAGAAUUUGACCCCCUCAUGGAGAGAGCCAGGAUCCCUGAGCCCUUUGCCAAACUGAAAUUGGAGGAAGAGGAGGAGGGGACCAUGGAGGAGGAGGACGAGGAGGAGGAGGAGGAGGAGAUGGGAGGACAGAUGAGCGUGCUGGAGAGGAGCCUUAGCAGGCAGUCUAUAGGGUCCUCGGAUGCGUCACAGCAGCCGACCCCCCAGAGGGAGAGGAGGGUCAGCCGAGAAAGCAGCCCGUCCCUAUACCUCUCCGAGGGGGAUGAUGGCUCCGCGUCCGGGAGUGAAGGAGGCUGCAUCGCCAGGAGCAGCCUGAUCCGCAGCACUUUCUACAACAGCUCCGCGCAGCUCUCGCCCAUGUCCGCUCGCCACAUGACCCUCAGGGACAAGUUCCAGGCCAAGAAGCAGGAGAGGGGCCGCAAGCCGCUCCGCAGAAGCCUCUCUAGCCGCCUCAACGAGCCUCUCAUUGAGUAUGUGGAGGACGAAGGCGAGACCAAUAUCGGGCAAAGGCGAGGGUCUUUGCAGUCGUCCAUGCUCAAGUCCUGCUCCUUUGACAGCGGGGUCAGCCUCUCGCACAAUGCACCACCGCAGAGGAGGAGCAAGUCGUUGGACGAGUACUCCCGACGCUCACCAGGAUCCGCCAAACGUAGAGAAGAGGAGAGUGCUUUGAAUCUUAAGGAGGAUUUCACUGACAAGGAGGAAGAGGAGAAGAGCUUGGACAUUCCCCCUCUCCAAGUGAGAGGUAGAAGAGGUUCAGUGGCAGUGGCUCCCAAACAGCUUACGGCCAGGCUUCAGGAACUGUGUGCAAAAUCGCCCCAUGCUGGUCCAGAGAAGAGCCUCAGGCCAGAGGAGGAGGCGGGGAACCUGGCUGGCUCUCAGUACUCCCUGGCUGAGUCCCUCAUCCUGGAGCAUGGCUCUGAGGGCUCCAGCAGGCUGGACUCUUGUGAGGGGCUGUCCCACGGCUACCCUGCAGCCACACAAAGAGGGAGAGCAGGGGAUGAGUAUGAUGACCAGGAGGAGCCCCUGAUCACAAUGUCCCCCUGCUCCCUGCUCCAGGGGUCUGAGGCUGUGGAAGCUAAUAAGGAGCCCCAGUGCCGGAGCGGCCAACUUCAGAUCCCACCGAGAAGGACAACCCACCCCAACCAGAACUCAACGGCCAGAAAUAAUGGUAAGGUAGAGAAGACGAUCCUGCCGGUGAAACCCAGCCCCAGCCUGUCCUUCAAGGCCCCAGAGAGACCCUCGAGGUCCAGCGACACAGAGGCACGUCUCCAGAGGCACUCGUCCACCCCGGCCCUCCAGGCCAAACCGCCCACGGGGAAGUCUCCCAGGAUGUCACCCAAGGUUGGGUUGAUGAAUCUGUUACGUAGGCAGUCCUGGGCGGGGCAUUCCUACUCACAACUGGAGGGCACGGAGCAGGGACCCACGCUAGGGGAAUUGGAGCCCAAAACCCCCACCAUGUCACUCAGGAAAAAGAUGAGGGCAUCAGCCUCUAGUCUCACCAAGCUGUUCACCAAAUCGUCCAGCAAGGAGGACUUAACGAAGGGAGGGCCGAUUGUAAAGGGUUCCUCUCCUGCUCCACCUGAGCAAAAGGCGAGCGCUGGCUUGGAGAGUGCUAAAAAGAAGUCCACAUUAUUUUCAUUUAGAAUACCUAAAAUACCUGCAUUCAAGAAGAACAAAGAGAUGCUCAUCCACCUGACCAGGCCUGAUGUGCACCAGUUGGAGGCAGGUGGAUUUCUGCUGGUAUGGAGACCAGUGCAGUCCAGCGACCCAGUGGUUUACUGUGUUCAGUACAGCACAGACGGUGGGGAGUGGAAGCUACUGUGCGAGGAGGUGACAGACAGUUGCUACGUAGUGAAGGACUUACUCAGAGGAGCAGGAUACGUUUUCAGGGUUGGCUGCAUCACCAAGAAGGGGGCAGGACCUUUCAGUGACCCUUCACCCCCUGUUGUUAUGGCAACCCAUCCUAAAGAGACCCACAUUCCCCUCAUCCAGACCGAGUACCCAGGAUCAAAGGGCAGUGGGUCAAGAGGUCAACCUAGCCACAAGACCUACAGCUUCCUCGCAGAGAUCAACAGGGGUCGUUUCAGCGUGGUGACCCAGUGUCAGGACGGCCAGAGCCAGCAGCUGUUUGCUGCCAAGAUCACCCCUUACAGGCCAGAAAAUAGAGCUCUGGUGCUCAGGGAGUACCAGCUGCUUAAGAAGCUCAACCACCCCCACCUGGUGCAGCUGCACACGGCCUACAUUACCCCCCACUGCCUGGUGCUCAUCCAGGAGCUGUGUGCUGGCAGAGAGCUGCUCUACAACCUGACUGAGAGAGAUCUUUAUGCUGAACUCCAUGUGGCAGAGCUGCUGGCUCAGAUCCUGAGUGCUGUGGACUACCUGCACAGCCGCCGCGUCGUCCACCUGGACCUCAAGUCGGACAACAUGCUGGUGACGGACCGCAACGUGCUGAAGAUCGUAGACCUGGGCUCCGCUCAGUCUUUCACACCCGGACAGACACUCAACAUAGAGGACAUUCCGGGACAAGAGAAAGAGACUCCAUCGAGCGCCUCUCCACAGACAACGGGCAGAAACAGAAUGGCAGAUGGGGCUCCAGAAAUCCUCGACGGACAAGGAGUCGGACCUGAGACCGACAUCUGGGCUAUUGGGGUUUUGGCUUUUAUAAUGUUGAGUGCAGAUAGCCCGUUCCAUUCAGACCUCAACUGGGAGAGGGACAGAAACAUCCGGAAGGGGAAGAUCCAGUUUGGCCGCUGCUACCCUGGCUUGUCAGAGGGAGCAAUCAACUUCAUAAAGAACACACUGAGCAUCAAGGCCUGGGAGAGACCCUCGGCGGCUGAGUGCCUCCAGAACCCGUGGGUACGGGGCGAGCGGGCCCCCUCCAAACACAGAGACUCCAUCUUGUGUUUCUCCACUGACAAGCUGCAGGCUUUCCUCACGGAGAGAGAGGUGAAACGAGACCAGGUCCGCACCAAGCUGCAAGGCCCGUUCUUCCAGUAAUUAUACUUCUCUCUGAUGUUUAGAGUAGGGCUUGUAAGGACUUACACAUGAACUGGCGCUGGAUGACGUCUCUUCAUAGCCCAGAUCCUGAUCACAGAAUAUGUGACCUCUUACAAAUGUUGACCUAAAAUGGAGAGUGGUCAAAUGUGUGCGUAUCAAUGGCUGCCUAGAGUUUUGUUAAAAGUUUGUCUGAAGGACUUGGACUUUGGCUUUGGUUGAAUGACAGCGCCAUGGUAUCAGGGAAAUGUUUAGUUAAAUGCUUCCUGCAAAUACUGUUGCAUGAGUUUGAAAACAUGAUGAUAUUGAUGUGUAAAAUGCAUCAUCCCUUUGAGUUUGCAGCAUUGGACACUAAACACAUUUGACAUUUACAUUUGAGUCAUUUAGCUGACGCUCUCAUCCAGAGCAGUUAGACGUUUGUAAUAACAAAGGCUGUUGCAUCUCGCCAUUCAGACAAUGUUUGUGUUUUUUUUUUGUGAAUCUUAACAAUAUGUUUGUGGUUCAUUAGCCAAAGUGAAAGAUCAGAGGAGGAUUCAUAUGCCCAAAGCAUAGCAAGGGCCCCUACCAGAAUACGGCUUUGUCUCACAAAAGGAGGAACAUUGAAAUAUUUAUAUAUAAAUAUCGAUAGAUAUUUACACUACUGCAAUGUUUUCAACUGUCUUAUUGUUAUGUAUAAAUGCAGAAACAGAUUAUAUCAACGGAGAAUAAGAUCACGAGUAAACUAAGCAUAUUUUUGAUGAUCCUUUGUUUGAUUUCAUGGCGUAUACCUUGUGACGGAUGUACCUGAAAGGCUUAUUAAACAGUAUGUUAGUAGUA